CAUGUAACCCCUGUGAAUUACAAACUUACUGACAGCAGCCUUCAGUGUUUUUCUGGUCGAAAAGAUCGGCUAGAUAUUUUUGUUUUACUAAUGCGGAUUAAUCUCUUCAAUACGCAAUCUUUGACAUUUGCAGCAGGCUGUCAUUUGUCUCCAACUUCUCAUCAUGUUAACUCACUGUGUCAGAGAUGUCCUAUCAAAGCAUACAUCUGUUUUUAACCUGAGGCCCUGCAGUGUAACCAUGGUUCUGCUGCACACCAGAGGACUAUGCAGCGCAUCAGAGAGUCUGGAUCUGCUGCAGGUCUUUGUGGACAGACACUACAUCUCACCGGGUCGGUCUAACAUGCAGCUGUGUCAGCGCGGGAUGAGCUGCAGCUACGGACCUCUGGGCACGGAGCUCCGGAGAAACAUGCUGGAUCAGUGGUGGCACUCAGUGAGCAGGUCUGGAGCACAGGUGUUUGGGAUCAGUUCUCUGAGCUGCAGCGAGGACAGAGCGCAGGAUGGAUGUGGGCAAGUGAGGAUCACUGACUCUGAAAAAUUAAAACAAACGCUGAACCACAAAGAGCUGAGCAAGGAUCAGCUACUCCAGAGGGUCCACAUGCUCCUCCAGAGGUCCCCAUCUGUCAGGACAAACUUUCUUCAAGGUGCUUUGGAGCAGUUCGUCCCCUCGUUGGAGCUGGUGAACAGGAAGCUGCCCUUUGGCCUCGCUGAGACUGGUCUGUGUUUCCAGCCCUCAGAUGGCUCCGGUUGCCCGGCUGAGGUCACGCAGACGUCUCUGGUGUGGUUCUGCUCUCCUCGGACCUCCUCACAGUGGCUGGAUCACUGGACACGACUGAGGCUCAAAUGGUGGAGGAAAUUUGCACUGUCUCCAUCAGACUUCAACAGCAGUGAUGUCCCAGUGGAGGAACUUGAACCGGCAACUUCUCGUGGUGUGAGGAUCAUCUACAACUUCCCGUGGGGUCAGGAGCCCCUGGAGACUCUGUGGAGCAGAGGAGACACCGAGCUGCUGCAGACGUACAAAGGAGUCCGCUCAAAACUGCAGUGUCGAGAUGGGCGCAAGUCAGUUCCUCACGUUGUGUCAGUAACCGGCAAUAUGGACCGAGGUCUGAUGGCCUUUCUGUCCAACUCAUUCCAGCAGCUCAAGAGAGACGACACCAAGCAGAAGCUGAAGCAGAGAAAGGUUCUGAAGUUGCAUCCAGUCUUGGCUCCAGUCAAAGUGGCUUUAGAUAUUGGUAGAGGAGCCACUGUGGAAUUGAGGCAGGUCUGUGAAGGCCUACUGCAGGAGUUUAGGGAAGCUAAAAUCUCUGCAUGGCCUGGGUAUCUCGAAACUAUGCCAUCGUCAAUGGAGCAGCUGAAUGCAAAGUAUGAUGAGAUGGGAGUGCUUUUCACUGUGGUGAUCGGUGAGAACACACUGGAGAGCGGCCUUGUUCAGGUCCGCAGCAGAGACACCACGAUCAAAGAGACAAUGCACGUCUCUGAGAUCAAGAACUUUGUCUCCAGAUACAUUUCUGCUGCGGACAAUUUCUAAAAUGACUUUGUUUGGACGACUAAAAGGACAGUUAGAAUUUCAGUGUGCUGCCUCAAGUGUGCAUCUCUUUUGGUAACACAACCAUUGCACUUCUACAAUUUGAUGCAUCAUGAGAAAUAUUUCCCUGGACAUUUGAGUAGUUUUGACCAGGAAAUGUAGAUGUUUUAUCCAGUCAGGUAUGUUUGGCUGAUGAUUGGACAUUUUGUUUGUAAGGGCAAGGAGACCAUUGUUAUGAGAAAUCAGAAUGGGGAAGGAGAUGUGCACAGCAGUGUAAUAUACCAAAGUACCCACCAGUGCUUAUUGAGUGUGACUUCAGGACUAUCACUCAUCCUACAGGCUCAUGUAGGUAUACCCCAGGCAAAGAGGUGGAUAAUUUAUGUCCCAACUGUGUGUGAUUGGGUUGUGUCACUGUCUGCUCUAAACACUGUUAAAGUAAGUGGUAUUCACAUGUGAGGAAGAAUGCUAUUAAUGUUUGUUGUGUUUAAUUGUCUCACUUUUAUAUUAAAAUAUACAGUAUAUCUAUUUGAUAUUUGAAACUUUUG